AUGGACGAGGGAGAGUGGCAAACCGCGACGGGCCCUGGCCAGCACCACACAUCUCCUCCGGCGGGAGGCACCUGCGUCAGCCCAGCGCGCCCGCCCACGGAGCGCCAGGUGCAGCGGUCCUGCGCCCUUGUCGACGACGCCGCGCGUGAGCUGGCGGCGGCGCCCUUCUGGCGGCACCUGGCGGCCCAGCUGGAGCGCCUGCCGCCGCACUGCGCCGGUGCCAAGCUGCAGAGCAUGGUGGUGUACGGCCUGGGAUCGCUGGAGCAGCCAGGGGCAGUACACAUCCGCUACCAGCUUGCGGCGGCCCGCCUGCUGGCGGCCGCGCUGCCGCUGGCGGCGGCGGCGCAGGCCUUUGACCCUGUGUUUACAGCCCUGGACCGCGCCACGCUGGCACACUGCAGCAUGGAGGUGCUGGCGCAGGACGAGCGUGGCCGCCGCCUGGCCCGCAGCCCCACCCUCUUCUUCAUGCCGCACUGCGAGGGGCUGCUGACCGAUGCCCUGCUGGCAGCCAACCUGGCGGCCGGCACCCUGCACAACGUGGUGGUGCUGGGCAACCGCUUCAGCGGCUACCAGCUCGCCUGGGCGCCGCCGUGCCGCGGGCGGCGGCAGGCCGGGGAAGGGGGCGGAGGCGCGGCGCCCGAGCGGCCCUCUACCAUGCUGCGGCUGUGCGGCUGCGGGGCGGCGCGGGAGCUGGCGGUGGGCGAGUGCGGCUUCCCCGUAGCUUCUGCCUUCAACGACUUAGGGCUGCACUGGUUCCCGCCCGACUGGCAGCAGCUGCUGGAUGCCAGCGUUGCCAGCGGCAGCGGCAGCGGCGGCGGCGGCGGCGACGCCAGCGACCCGGUUGUAAGCUGA